CUAACUCGCAGGGAGGGAAUUGCGCAUGCGGGCCGGUCUCCCGGGACUAGAGCAGGCGAGUUCUGGGCUGCUCCGGUAGGUUUGGCGGGCACGGGAUCAACGGAUUUGGGGCGAGCUUGCAGGUUUUACGUCACCGUUGCAGCUCUCCUUGCUUAAUUGUAUUGCAGUGAUCGCCAUAAACUCCUAAGGGCCGCGGAAUCAGGACGAUCUUGUUGACUGAUUUGCAAACUCUGUGGCGGAACUAUGCGCACUGGCUGGACACAGACAUGGGCUGUAGGGGAUGUAAUAUUCCCCAGCUUUGCAUCUACUCUUUGGCCCCAUUCGCUCCUCAGAUUGAGCCUCUCCAACCUCGACUAGAUGCUAAGGGGCGAAAACUCAGAAAAGCACUUACUCUUUCCUGGUGAGGCUUCCAGAGGAGCGAGAACAACGACAUAGUUAUGUUUACAGUCCUGUAGCGAUUGAUCCCUUUGCUUUCCCCUCAUAAUUGUGGUCUGUUAAUGUUCCGGUGUUGUUUAAUGCCAAAAUGAGUGAUCGCUAUUUAGAACAAAGGAUUAGUAUAAAAUUUUGCGUAAAAUUGAACAAGUCUGCAAGUGAGACCCACCAUCUUUUAAAAGAAGCCUACGGGGAUGAAGUCAUGUCAAGGGCUCGAGUUUUUGACUGGCACAAAAGGUUUAAAGAAGGACGGGAAGAUGUUCGAGAUGAUGCACGAAGUGGUCGCCCGGUCACCCACAGGACAGAUGAAAAUAUCCAGAAGGUCAAGAAUUUGGUUUGUUCAAACAGGCAGUUAACAGUGAGGAUGAUGGCUGAAAAGUUAAAUUUAGAUAAAGAAACUGUUAGACUCAUUCUGAAAGAAAACUUAAACAUGAGGAAGGUUUCUGCUAAAGUUCUAUCAGGUAUUUUGAUGGAUGAGUCUAAACCUGGAAAUUUUCACUUUCAGUCUGACCUUUCAAAGAAAACUAGAAAAAAUGACCCAUUUCUAAGGAAGAAAGCAACAAGUUUUGAAACAUGGAGUCAUCUGCAGGGAGAACCUGGUGCAGAAAUGCCUCAGCCUGUAUCCCAUCCCAAGAUCUACUGUCCUGCCAGCGAGCUUCUGCAGGCCUCAUCUUCAGCAAGCCUUUCCACACGGGUGGCUCGGGAUUGGUUCGCUCCGUGGUGAACUGUAACCUGAGGUAGCUGAGCCUGAGCCGGGAAGCUACCUCAUGGUUAGGCCUCUUCGUUUGCUGCUCGUUUGGUUCCAUUUCUCUACCAUUCUCUCUGCCUGUCAUAGCCUGCCUCCUUAUCCUGUGAUAGGCUAUGGGGCCAUCUUUCUUACUAUUCUGCACCACUUUGAAGUGCUUUUGACUGUUAACUUUAGUAUUGGCUUGUUCUUGAUUUCUUUCGCUCAACUCAUUUGGAUUUCUUCACUUCCCGCAUCUCAGCUUGUUAUGGCUGUCCUAUUCCUCUGCUUUUAGCAUUCUGCCUCAGGAGAUGAUCUGCAUGUCUGUGCCCAGGGAACAAAGUGCUUUGAGAAGGACCCUAAAAGAAAGCCUACAGUUUCAGCCUGCUUUACAUUUAGGGCCUGAGGUAUGGUACAAAAGGCAGUGGUGUGCUGACAUAUUGAGCAGUGCUUGGCCUUGGAUGAACUGACCAGAAUGAUGUGGAGGAACCCCUCAGAACUCAGGUUGGCCACCCAUACGGAUCUUAUUAAAAACAGCUGCCAGACACACAUACAAAAGAGCUGGAUUUGUUUCAUUCUAGUCCUGUACUUUGGAUCCCCACACACUUGGGUAUCCCCUUUGCUGGAAGAGGAAGAUCUAACCUAGAAAAAGAUGAAACAGGGGACCCAGGCCAAAACUGUUAUAUGAGGAGAAAGACCAGGUCACUUCAGACCCUAAGUUAAGGGAAUCUGCACUCAGUGUACCAAUUCCCACACAGCAGCCUGUUUCUAGUAACUGACACCAGUUCUGUCAUAGUGUCAGUGUGCUUUGAGCACCUGGGGUUUUUAGAACACUCCUGUACAUUGAUGAGAUCACCAAGGGCAGAUGGACUUCAUGCAGGAAGUUGUUGAGUGGAUCCUUGAGGAAGGGUGAGACAGAGGGCUGCAAGAUGAAGGAAAGCUUCCCAGACAGAUGAAACAGCCUGAAGCUUGAAAUCUUUGUCAAUAGAAAAUGACGACAAUAUUGGCUAAAAUGGCAAACUCUAAAGGGGAAGAUAGUGGUGCUGCAAAAGAUGAACAAUUUGGGAUAAUUUGCUUCCUCUCCUCUCUCCUGCCAGUAUUUCAUAAAUUGCUUCUCCUGAGUCCAUGAGUAGGUUUAUAAUAACCCACUUACUUGAUUGUCUAAUUGUCCCAUCAGACCCCAUAAAGCAGUCUUUACAUAUUCAAACUGUCUCUUCUAUUCCUGCUUCUACCAGAAUUUAUGGAAUGGAGCUUUUCCCAAGUGGCUUCCAAAUAAUACCGCAUAAACUGGAAACAUCUCAGAGUACCUGAUGGAAAUCAAGAAGGAAGGAGCCCAGAAUCCCAGGAACAGGAAGCAGCAGCAGUUAAACAGUCACACAUCAGUGCUCCAGCAAGUGAACUGAGGUGCAUCCAACUAAGGAGCAGAUCCAGGACCAGAAAACAUAAAAUUAUCUGGGAGCAGAGCCAAGAAGGUGCUGACAUGAAAACCAAAACCCAGGAAAAGUAUAGAACUUGCCAGAGUGCUAGGUAUUGGAGAAAGAAAUAACAGAGGCAUGGUCUCUGCCUUUAAAGAACAAAGCCUUUAGUGGGUCAGAAUGCACAGGAAAGAAAUGGACAUAAAACCAAUUGGUCAUCUGCUUAUAAACUGUACAGCUUUUCCAGAGAAUCCAUGACAUAUAAAGAGGAAGAACUCAGCCACUGUAAUUUAAUGUGAUUCCACACAUUGAUUGAGCACCUACCAUAUGUGUGACACUGGCCAAGCUGUGUGGGGAAUCAGAGGUGGAUAAAACAUGUUCCUUGGCCACCUUGAGAAGCUCACCAUUUAGUGGGAGAAACAGACAUGGACAUAAAUAACUGUAAUGUACUACAGAAAAAUACAAUUGCCAUAGGAAAUCAAGUGCUUUGGGAACCAGAAGAGGGAAUGAUUCAUGCUCUCAAAGGAGAUUUGGAAAAGUUUCAUCAAGGAAGUGAUAAUACUACGGCCUGAGCAGGCCUUAGCUCUGUCAGGAAACACAAGAAAGGGCACUCCAGACCAAGGAACAGCACAGAACAAUAUGAUGAGCAAGUCUGUCAGGCUAGUGACUGUUCUGAUCAAGAAUGUGGUAGAAAUAAUGCUACACGACUUCCACAGUUUCAUCAUAAAAAUGAUAAUGUUCUGUCAUUUUUCUCUUGCCUUGGAAUCUGGCCACCUGUUCUAAGAAACCUACAUCACAUGAAGAUCUACAUAACAAUUUGCAGCUGACAACCCAUCAGACUUCAGGCAACAGCCAACAUUAACUGCUGAUCAUAUGAAUAAAUAAGCCCUCAGAUGAUUCCAGACUUCACUCAACCUUCAGACUUCACUGGAUAACAUAAAAAAAGAGUACAGAUGAUUUGCUCCCCCUAAGCCCAAUGCAAACUGGAGAUUUGUGAGCAAGAGAAAUAAUUUCAGCCAUGGCAAUGAUUUGUUUUGCAACUAUGGGUAGCCAGAAUUCAUUAGUAUCUGUGUGUUCUUGAAAAGCAUCUUCUGGAGAUAUCAGACUUUGGAUAAAAUAUUUUUUCGGCCGGGCUUGGCUUCCUCCACCUUAAAAUGAAACAAUAAUUAUUAUAUGAUGGGAAUGUUCUGAGGUUUUAAUGAGAAGAUGCAUACAGGGUGUUCUUCUUAUAAUGAGUCUUCAAUAAAUGCUAUUUAAUAUUAUUUCAACUUACCCCCAUGAAGUUGUUACGGUUUUUCUGCUUUGUACAAAUUCCCCUUCAAGGGCUGUGUGCUAUAAACCUUUAAACACACAUCUAUAAAGUUUGAUGCUCUCUCCUCA